AUGUCUCGGCGGCCUGAGAUCGAUCACAAUUUCAGCCGUGCACAUCGCAUAGUUACCUCUAGUAUCCUUCCUGUCGUUGAGCAAUAUUCGAACCAUUCAAGAGAAGUUUGGGAGGGCUCGAAGUUCUGGAAGCAGUUCUUCGAAGCAAGUGCUAACGUGUCCCUGUCUGGCUACGAAGAGCACCAGUUUGCACAAGACAUCGAUGACCAAACAGGCACAGAAGAGUCGCAAGAAACAUCCAACAGCAACUUGGAAUCAUCAGGGUCAUGCCAGACGCCGACUGCUGAGCAUGUCUCGAACAACUCAAUCCAAGAUAUCGAUCUUUCCAACCUCUCACUUUCUCCCUCCCAUAGCACACCACGACAGCCACGACGCACGGGAAACAGAGGGGCAUCAUCACCCUACAAGAGUUUACAGCGGGAUGUGAGCACAGACGUAAAGGAGGAUGAGACAUAUGCUUCAGCUGCGAGAGACCUAAGCACUCCAAGCAAGCAGGCGUCCUCCCUGGUGGACGAUGUUGCAAUGACACCAGAACAUUCGCCGGAAGUGGUGAGGGACCAAAUGUCAUUUCAGAAGCAUCAUACUAUGCAAAAGAAACAGGAUCCACUGCUUCACACGAUACUUGACAAGAACUAUAGGAUACAAGCAACUCCUCUAGCAAGCAAUACAACAACACGAAGGACUGCAAGAGUCCUGGGCACCGGAAGCCGCAAGCCAAUAGAGGUGCCUCUAGAUUCAAGUCCUUUGGCACCGCCAGAGCUGCACGCAGAGAUCUUUGACUCCCCAAUACGACGGGAAAUUACGCAACAACUGCAAAAGCCACGAACACCUGGUGUGUCAGUCCUCAAGCCAGGUCCCUCGAGAGACAAUGCGACCAGGCCUACACUAGCGAGUAUCUGGGACUCCGACGAUGAGGUCAUAGACGAGGCAACUGGCCUGCCCUUCGGCGCCUCCCCACCGAAGACAAUGCAAUUCCAUGUUCCUCAAAGCCGGCUACUCAAGACACCAGCCAGGGAAGCAUCGAAGCAGAUUGUUGACAAUAUUCUGGCCUCUGCUGGUGUUCGAUAUGGUGCUUACGGUGAGGACAAAUCCGAAGAACUGGACAUUGAUCUUGACUUGGACGAUUACGAAGAUGGCAAUAUGGACGAAAGUAGUCCAAGUGUUGUGAGGAAAGCUGAAGGACUGGAUAAUGAAACAUUUUAG